AUGGGCGCCUGCUGCUGUAAAAAUCCCACCUCCUCCGUGGCGAUGGCGGUGGGGGAGGGGGCCGAGUCCAUCCCUCAGGGAGGCGAGGGCAGCGGGGGUGCUCCCACAUCGAGCACCUUCUCUGACCCUUCUGCGCACUCCUUCGCUCUGCCCAGCCACUCGGAGGACGAGACAGUCACGGUAGCUUCUAUGCCGUUAGCCUUGGUCAGCGCAGACAAAAUCGGCGCUGAAGGGCACCUCGAGCGCGGCGAUGGAUCUGAUGAGCUCGCGAGUGACACAUGGCCGUCGUUGGCCGUCCGAGUCUGGCGCCGACGCGGCGGCGUAUCAGGCGAGACUACCUCGUGCGCUCUCACCGCUGCUAUGUGGCAGUGGCGACAGCCGCCUUCAGAGAGGCCGGACGAGUGGCAGGUGCUCCGUCGCGUGCUGUGUGCCCAUCCGCUCUUUGCCGUCUGCCGCGACGAUGCGUCGAUGCUACGGGAUGUCGUGGAGGUCUUUGAGAGGCAGGAGACGCCGCCAGGAGAGGGGAUUGUGUCGCCAGGGGACAGCUGCGCUUUCCAUGUCGUGGUGAAGGGCAAUGCUGUCGCAGACGUCGGCGAUGGCGAUGCAUUGAUGGUACAGGAGCCGAGCAAGCGGCAGGAGUGGGCGGUCGGGGACUGCUUUGGAAGUGAGGGUCUGCUCUACGUCUUGAAUCCAGGCGACGAGGGCGCAGCGGUGUGCGCCGCGGGCCACCCAGAUGCAUCUUCGCCCACUGUCACGUGGCGGCUGAAUCGCGUGCUCUAUCAGAUGCUGAUGCGCACCUUCUACGAUGACGCACACCUCCAGCUCAUGAAGUACCUUUCCCAGUCGCCGCUCUUUCAGCAUCUGUCUCGUGCACAGAUACGACACCUCUGCGAGAGGGCAGAGAUGGUGACAUGGGACACAUCGGCGCGUUUGCUGCAGAGGGGUGAGGCGCCGACCGAUCUCUUUCUUUUAAUGUCCGGCUCUGUGUCCCUCAUGCAUGUCCAGCGGGGCGUCGGGGGCCAGGCAGGCGUGACACGUGUGCAGUCCACCGUUCUCGGCGCAGGCGACUGCGUGGGCGAUGCCGAGCUUCUCCUCUUGCACCGCGCAGCAGACGAGGAAGACGGCACCACUGCCUCAAAGAGGCUGACAGCGAUGCCUUCCUGCUGCACGUACGCAGUACAGCAGCCGGUGCAGGCGAUCCGCAUCCCUAUCGAAGAUCUACUCGCCGUGCUUUCAGGGCACGAUCUGCAGCACAUGCGGGAGCGCAGUCGCAGCGUGCGAGAGUUGGAACUGUGGCAGCAGCAGGUGCAGAUGCCGGGCGGCCUGCGCUCUCUCGUAGAGGAAUGUCUCGUGCUGAACAUCUCCAACACCAACAGCGACAGUGACAGCGACGGCAAUGAGGAUUCGCUGGUGUUGCAGGGAGGACCCAGCGUUGCUGCGUCUCCGCUGUCGAGGCGGCUCUCCGACGACGCGUCGCAGGAUGUAUUUGUGAAAGGUGCCGAUGCGACGGCCUUCUUCCUCAAACAGAUGUUCUCCCGUCAGACGUAUCGGCGUGCGGACGGGCGAGAGCGCGGUCUUUCCAUGGCCGCCUUCGCCCCGUGCCAGCGAUACCGAGUUGGGACGGUUCUGUUCCACGUCGAGUACGCUGCAGGUGGCAACGGUAUGCUACGUGAUGGUGGAGGACUUCCGCCAAGCGAUGAUGCGAACGGUGCAGUGAGCGCAGCAGGCUCUUCUGCAGCUGCGGGGUCUCCAAAGUCUCCUGUGUGUCUCUACGCCGUCUUCUCCGGCGAAGUAACCGUCAUGAACAGCGACACGGGCGAGGCCAUCUACCGCGUCUCUCGUGGCAACACGCUCGGUGAAGAGGCGCUUCUUGCUCCGCUGCGUUGCUGCUCUGCGACAACCUCUCUGCGCACGCACGCGGUCGUCUCCAGCUCCGAUGGGUGCGAGGUGUUUGAGCUCAGCCAGCGCGCGUUCAAGAAGUUCUUGCAGCGACCGUACUGUGAGGCCCUCCGCGACUUCUGCAGUGUCUUCUCCGCCUUCCCAUUCGCAUGGUGUUUUCCUCAACACUACUGGUAUUUUCUGUUCAACUGCACGACGGAGCUCGAGGCAGUCGGCGGCGACCUCAUAGCCGUUCGUGGGGCAGACUGCAAGUGCGUGUCGCUCAUCCUCGAUGGCCAAAUCGGCGCCUACGUCAGAAGCAGUGCAGCGGACAGUGGAGGGAAAGAACAAAACAACGAUGAGGAGACGUCGGUGGCGUCGUUUGCGGCGGGCGACAUCGUCGGCGGGUGGGAGGUGAUGGAGGGACGCCCCUCCAAUGUAGCGUACGUGUGUGUGUGCCGCGCUCGUAUGCUGUGCGUUCCGGCCGAGUCUUUUGCCAGCCUCUUUUGUCCAGUGAUGCCAUAUCUGCGGUUGAUGUGGUCCGAAGGGCGAUAUAAAAGGGUCAUGGCGGUGCCAGCGACGGAAGGCUGA